AACAGGGGGCACAUAUAUUGCCUUUAAUCGGUUAAUAUACGAAAUAAUAUUUUGUCUUUUGCUUUCUGUCCAAUUUCAUUUCAGUUCAUUGCGUUCCAACAAUCAGUGACGACUUUUCGUUUAAAAAAAAAGUUUUUUCUUCUUUUUCAUAUAUUCAAAAUUGAAUAUCGCGCUAGUGGGCAACCUCACUUUGCCGCACCGUCGAGAAACUCUUUCUUAGAAAUCACGUCUGUUCGUUUCGUAUCAGUACCAAAACUAAGUUCGUACCGUUAAUAAGUGUCAGUUGAAUCUGUUCGUACAGAAAACGAAUCGUUAAAUUUUUGAACAUUUUUUUUUACUUCAGUUGAAUGUUCACCCAAUUAUCGUCUGGGAUGCAUUACCUUUGGAUGAUGGAUUUUACCAAUUAACAAUUUCCGUUUCUUUAUUUUGUUUUUGGAACUGAAGUUAAUUUAUUGAGAGGAAGAAGCGAAAAAAAGAAGUGAAUUUGGAUUGGAUCGGUGAAUUAAAACUCAUUCCGAAAGACAUUUUUCAUUGUGAAAAGUAAAAAAAAGUAAAAUAUUGAAAACAAAAUAAUAAACAAGAAAUAUUGUUCGCAACAACGAACUGAAAAGCGAAACCACACACACGUAUUAUUUGGAUUAAAGUGGAUUUUUGUUGAAAUAAACGAAAAGUGGAAUAAGUGAAACUCCUAAAUAAAUUGUGUCAAAUUAUAUGCUUGUUUAACAAUAAAAGAGUGUUUGUGUUAAAGAAAACGAAGAUAAAUUGUCUCGAGGAAACCAGUUGAUCCAUCUUACAUUAACGACUGUACAAAUAUUAAAAGAAAAAAUGUUACCUCCACGGUUAAUUAAAUUAACACUUGUGACAUGUCUACUGGUAGCAAUUAUUUCUCAAACAGACUGUGCUGAAGCACAACGAAGACGAAUUCGACGGCCAUCCAGUCUAUCCAAUAUCACAGAAUCAGCAAAGAAACCAGAAGUGCGAGUUCGUUCAAGUACAUCGACUCGAUCGGCAUUUGUACCGCUGAAAAAAGUGGCACAAGAUCGUUCCGAUCAACAGCCAGCACCAUCGACAAAUCGGUUUCGCGUACGGUCGAAACAUCGUGGUGUCAUUGGGGCAGCCAGUGCGGCUAUUGCUACGACAGGAACGGAAGCCGUUCUGAGCCAAUCGAAAUCGAAAGACAAAGAUGGAUAUAAAAUUGUUUGCUACUACACCAACUGGUCACAGUAUCGCACCAAAAUCGGUAAAUUCCUUCCGGAGGACAUACCGGCCGAUUUGUGUACACAUAUCAUCUACGCAUUCGGAUGGUUGAAGAAGGGACGUCUCAGUUCGUUUGAGAGUAACGACGAAACCAAAGAUGGCACUCCUGGCUUUUACGCACGAAUCGUUGGACUGAAAAAAACCAAUCCAAAGUUGAAAGUUUUGCUAGCUAUCGGUGGAUGGUCAUUCGGAACGCAGAAAUUCAAAGAAAUGUCUGCAACUCGUUACGCUCGUCAGACAUUCAUUUAUUCAGCCAUACCGUUUUUGAGAAGUCGUGGAUUCGAUGGUCUGGACAUGGAUUGGGAAUACCCAAAAGGUACCGAUGACAAGAAAAAUUUUGUUUUGCUCUUGAAAGAAUUGAAAGAAGCAUUUGAUGCCGAGGCUCAGGAAAUCUUAAAACCUCGUCUACUGCUCUCGGCUGCUGUUCCAGUUGGACCAGACAAUGUCAAGGGUGGAUAUGAUGUACCAGCUGUCGCCAGUUACCUAGAUUUCAUUAAUUUAAUGGCAUACGAUUUCCACGGCAAAUGGGAACGUGAAACCGGUCACAAUGCUCCGCUGUACGCUCCAUCUACCGACUCGGAAUGGAGAAAACAAUUGUCCGUUGACAAUGCUGCUAAGAUCUGGGUUAAAUCUGGAACGCCGAAAGAGAAGCUCGUUAUUGGUAUGCCGACUUACGGCCGAACAUUCACAUUGGUCAAUACAGCGAAACAUGGCCCGAACUCGCCAGCUAGCGGCGGUGGCAAAGAAGGAAUUUACACAAAAGAAGGCGGUUUCUUGGCGUACUACGAAGUGUGUGAAAUUUUGUUGAACGGGGCUGUUUAUGUGUGGGAUGAUGAGAUGAAAGUACCAUAUUGUAUCGAUGGUGACCAGUGGAUCGGCUUUGAUGAUGAACGAUCAAUUCGAGUGAAAAUGCAAUGGAUCAAGGACAACGGUUAUGGCGGUGCUAUGGCGUGGACCGUUGACAUGGAUGACUUUUCCGGAAACGUAUGCGGUGGAAAUGUCAAAUAUCCACUCAUUGGUGCAAUGAGAGAGGAGCUACGCGGAAUUUCACGCGGAAAGAAUGCCAAAGAUGUUAAUUGGUCAGAGGUUGCAGCAACGUUUGACGACAUUGAACCGGUUGCUGAGAAACCAUCUCCGAUCAAAAUUUCUGUCGACGAAGUUCUGCAAAAAGUUCGUAAGCCAAGCAAAAACAAGAUCAAAGCUGGUCUGGCUACAGUCGACAAAAAUACCCGACCAGGUCAAGUAUUUUGUUAUUUAACCAGUUGGUCAGCGAAACGUCCAGGCGCUGGAAAAUUCGUACCGAAAGACAUAGACGCUAAGCUGUGCACACAUUUGGUUUAUGCAUUUGCAACACUGAAAGAUCACAAACUAACUGAAGCUAAUGAUGACGAUCCGGAGAACUACGACAAAUUGAUCGAAAUGAGAGAAAAGAAUCCCGAUUUACAGAUCCUGUUAGCUAUUGGUGGCUGGGCAUUUGGCAGCACACCAUUCAAGGAGUUAACAUCGAAUGUCUAUCGAAUGAAUCAAUUUGUCUACGAAGCUAUCGAAUUUCUCCGGGAAUAUAAAUUCAACGGCUUAGACGUCGACUGGGAAUAUCCACGUGGUGCUGAUGACCGUGCUGCUUAUGUAAGCCUACUGAAGGAACUUCGAUUGGCUUUUGAAGGCGAAGCAAAAUCAUCCGGCCAACCCCGACUACUGUUAACGGCAGCUGUGCCCGCAUCGUUUGAAGCAAUUGCUGCCGGCUACGACGUACCUGAAAUAUCGAAGUACUUAGAUUUCAUUAAUGUGAUGACGUACGACUUCCACGGCCAAUGGGAACGUCAGGUCGGUCACAAUUCACCAUUGUUCCCACUUGAUUCGGCAACUGGCUACCAAAAGAAAUUGACCGUGGAUUACAGUGCACGAGAAUGGUUAAAACAGGGUGCACCAGCCGAAAAGCUAUUGAUCGGAAUGCCGACGUACGGACGAUCGUUCAACUUGGUGAAUACUACACAAUUCGACAUUGGUGCUCCGGCGUCAGGCGGUGGUGUUGCCGGUAAAUUCACCAACGAAGCCGGUUUCCUAAGUUACUACGAAGUUUGCUCCUUUUUGGCUCAACCGAAUACAACGCUGGUCUGGGAUUCGGAACAACAGGUACCAUUCGCAUACCGGAACGAUCAAUGGGUUGGUUUCGACGAUGAACGAUCAUUGAAGACGAAGAUGGAAUGGUUGAAGGAACAAGGAUUCGGUGGUAUUAUGGUUUGGUCAAUUGAUAUGGACGAUUUUUCGGGUCGUUGUGGCGGCGGUAAAUAUCCGUUGUUGAGGAGUUUGAACCAGGAGCUUGAUGGCUAUAAAGUAAAUCUUGAAUACGAUGGCCCAUACGAAACACAUGGUCCUCGGGGUGCAUACACAACAAAGGAUCCAAACGAAGUUACCUGCGAAGAAGAAGACGGUCACAUCAGUUACCACCCGGACAAAAUGGAUUGCAGUCAUUACUAUAUGUGCGAAGGAGAACGAAAACAUCAUAUGCCAUGUCCAGCUAAUUUAGUUUUUAAUCCAUCGGAAAAUGUGUGCGAUUGGCCGGAAAAUGUAGAAAGUUGUCAGCACCACACACAGGCACCACCAACGAAAAAAUAAAAUCUUUUUUCUUUCUGUCUUGUGUUUAUUUAAUUAAAUUGUUGAUCUGAUUUUAUUUAAUUUUCUUUCUUUCUAAUUUUCCGCUUUGUCAUCCACUGUCUUUCCCAUUUAACCAUUCACCGACGGCAAGCCUAUCACCAAUCACCACAUAUUGAAAGAAAAAUCUUUUAAUUCAUCAAUUUUCACUUAUUGUUUCGACAACAUUAGCCAGAGGUCAUCGCAUAUUUUUGUCGUCACUGUCGACAACAGAUAAAAUAGUCGUCUGCAAAGAUAAGCCAAGGACCGUAAAUGCAGAUAAUUUUACAUGCAGUUAAGAAAUUGGAAAUCUUAGGAAUUUCCUUGUUCACAGACGGCAGACAUACCAGCAGUUUUACUGUUGGAUCCAUUACUUCAUUUGAUAUAAGUAUUUUUAAGAGAUUGAUUUCCAAUCUUUUACUUCAUAUCUUUAAACAUUUUUUUUGCCAUAAAGACCGCAUUAUUUCGAGCUUGUCACAGAUUUCAGUAUUCGUUAUCGAUAACACAUUGCCGUCCAGAACAGGUUAAUGGAGUAUUGACAGUCUCCAGUUUUUCCUUUCACAUUCGAACACUUGGGAUCCGAAUGCUAAUAAAUUUUUCAUUCUCUAUGACUAUACUUUCUAGAUCGUCUUACUUUCUCUAUCUCUUUUUGUCCUUUAAAUUAUUGAAUUUUAAUUAAAUAAAAAAAAAAGAAAAUCACACAAAUUACUAGAAUUAAUGCUCCUAUAAGCCGUUGUUAGAUUACGUUAAAAUGCAUCGAGAUCAUAAUAAUUUCACCGGAACCACAUUUUCUUACUGAAUGAAAAACUUCUCUUCAAUGUGGUCGUUAUUUACAUACAUUUUGUCCUGUGUGUGCCUGUGUAGAGCGGGAAGAAGCAGUUAAGCACAAAGUUAAACAAUUGAAAAUUUAAAAUAACAAAAAAAAGAAAUUUUCCAUUUAAAAAUGAGAUUUAUUAAUGGACAAACUAAAAACUUCUUUUUCCAAACUUUUUCAGAUUUAAUUUCAUGAAACAAAAUUAAAAUAAAAUGGAAAUAUUAAGAAAAUGUAUAUAAUCUGUGAUAAAAUUAUAUAAAUAACUGUAUAUAUACAUACAAUACAUUUUUUAUUUAAAAACGAAAAAGAAAAGAAAAUCUAAGCAAAAAAAACUAUAAUUUUUCCAUCAAACUUUUUUGGAACUUUGUUUUUUCAUAAAUCCGAAAUUCGUACAAAAAAAUAAUUUCUUUUUUUAGAUACAAAAGAGACUGAAAAUUGUGCCCUUUUUUGCUAUAACGACGAAACAAAAAGUUUUCAAGUUUACCUUCUAAGACCAAGUCGAAGAAUAAAAAGCUGAGCUUUUCUUACCAGCCAGUGUUACCUUUUUUGGUGCUCGCGCUAACUUUGAUGUUAAUGUACAAUUUUUUGUCUUCAUUUUGUUUAAGGUUAAAUUAACCUUUCACAGACGGCAAUCAUAUCACCAGUAUAAUUAUAUCAAAUGAUUGAUACAAAAUCUUUUACUUCAAUUGUUUUAAAAUACACUGCCGUUAACAGAUGAAAGAGCCGUCUGCAAAAGGUUAAUUCGUUUUGUAUUCAUACUUUUUUUUACAUAAAAUGUUGACCACUUAGAUGUUUUUGUAUUUUCAAAUUACGAUAAAUAAAAAGAUUUAAUAAAAAAA